UUAUCUCCAUUUCCGCUUCCCGGACGUGUUUCAGCCAUUAUCCAAUGAACGUGCUCAGGGACCUACAUCAUCUAAGCGAUGACCCGGCGCUCGGUAAAGUGCCUGCCUAAUCGGGCUACCUCACCGCUUCAUCGUGCCUCUUUUUGGUGGGACUACGGGACGCUGUGGCAAUGGGCUACGACGAUUGACGGGGAAGCCCGAGUCCUGAAUUAAGCCUGUGCAUUUACUGAUGGUAUAUAUAUCUUUCCACGUCCCAGACUCUUGAUGCCCCAGGAUCUUCCUCACUACAACCACAAAUCGCACGUGCACGCCCAUUCACCAUGGCCUUCCACAAAGCGACCCUCCUCUCCCUCCUCCCUCUCAUAUCCCCUUCCGUCGCAUGGGGCACACUCGGCCACGACACCGUCGCCUUCAUCGCGCAAUCCUUCGUCUCCAAAAAGACGGCCUCCUUCGCCAAAGCCCUCCUCAACGACUCCUCAGACGCCUACCUCGCCAAUGUUGCCACCUGGGCCGACUCCUACCGCUACACCGCCGAAGGCGCCUUCUCCUCGCCCCUGCACUACAUCGACGCGCUCGAUGACCCGCCAGCUGAAUGCAACGUCGACUACGAGCGCGACUGCCCUGAGGAAGGCUGCAUCGUGUCUGCCAUCGCGAACUACACAGCUCGCAUCACGCCGGCCAACGUCUCCCUCGUGGAGCGCCAGAAGGCGCUGAAGUGGGUGAUUCACUUCCUCGGCGACAUCCACCAGCCGCUGCACGUUGAGAACCUCGAGAUCGGCGGCAACGGAAUUAAUGUUACUUUCAACGGCACCGCGACAAAUCUGCACCACAUCUGGGACUCCAACAUGCCCGAGAAGCUCAUCGGGGGGUACUCACUGUCUGACGCGCGGGCCUGGGCGGGCGAGCUCGUGGGCGCGAUCACGGCGGGAAAGUACGCGAAUGCGAGCUCCACCUGGCUGAACGGCAUCGAUAUCAAGGACCCUGUCGCGAGCGCGAUGGUGUGGGCCCAGGACGCAAAUUCUUAUGUCUGUACCGCGGUGGUGCCGAAAGGGCAAGAGGCGGUCGAGGGGAAGGAGUUGCAGGGGGAGUAUUACGAUGAGGCUAUUGUGGUCAUUCAGCAGCAGAUUGCGAAGGCGGGGGUGAGGUUGGCGGCGUGGUUGGAUUUGAUUGUUGAGGGGAAGACUGGAGGGCAUGGUGGUCAUGGGUAUGGGCACGGUUAUGGGCACGGAUAUGGACAUGGGUAUGCUAAGCGUGGCGAGGCGAAGCUGGAGGAUUGGAUGGUCGAGGCGAGGAGGGUAAGGAGAGCGUUUGGGUACAACUGUGGGGCGGAGGGACAUCAGCACUGAUGAGAGGGUGUGAUGAAAAGAUGAAGUAGAUGAUGUAGACGAUAUAUGACGGGCGU